AGAUCGUGCGCGUGUGUUACUAUUAUUUCAAACGUUUUUGAGCACAUCACCAGCCUUCGAACACCUGACAGGUAGCGGCAUAAACGUGGAGAUCAAAAUUGGGACAUGAUAGGUUUCGAGUGACCGGUGACCCGCGCCUGAAUAAAAAAAAGCAUGCGGUUGCCGCGCUUUUGAAAAUGACAUGUCACUGACACAGAGUAAAAAUGGCGCAUAAACUAAAGAACAAUCACUACGUGGCGACGCACCGGUCGGGUGUGGACUCGCCCUCGUCUGGAGCCUACUUGCACAGAGCGUCUUCAAGGGAUGAAAAUGACAGCCACCGCGCGCCUUCGGAGAGAACUUUAUCUGAAUAUACGACGAUGGACGAGCGAACUCGCUCACCAUCAGACCGCACUGGCAGACGCCACGCGAACGGUUCGCCUCGCGCGGACUCCGCGUCUGAUGUCUAUGUCACAAGCGCGGCUUACAGACCGCCCUCUGAAAUCAGUCGUCAGUCGCGCGCCCCCCGCAGCGUGUACUCGUACCGGAGCGCGGUGGCGCCAUCUGUCGCUUCCACACAUCGCUCCAAAGUGUCUAGGAAGGCUGGUGUAAAAGUAGACGCGAUGGCUGCCCCCAACCCGUUCUGCCCCAACGUGAAAGGCAUGUGCUGCCUCAUGUUGCUCCUCAAUUUGGGGCUUAUAUUGGUCACACUGGGCUUUGUUAUAGUACUACAGUUCUAUGAGCCGCUGUUUGUUUGGAUCUUGGGUAUAAUCUUCCUUAUAUUCGGUUUCAUCACACUCGUGGGCAGUCUCAUAUACUGCGUGGUUCUGUGCAGAGAGAACCCUUACCCGCGCUACCCGGACGACUUCUACUGGACACACCAUUGGUCUAAAACCAUCGGCCCUUCAGAAAUACACUACAGCGCCAGCGAAAAGCCAUACAGACAAAAUGGCCACAGUGUCACAAGCGAUAGAUAUAAUAAAUAUAACGGCAAAUAUUCCGACCGAGAAAGCGCCAAAGGAUACUCCGACAGAGAAAGCAAAUUAAGCAGGUACUAGUAUCCGAACGAACUGUCAUUUAUGGUGCGAUUUCUUAUCUGUGCAACAGAUGAUGUCAGCUUUACAUUUUGUAGGUUAUGUUUUAUUAAUGUAUUGAAAUUUUAAUUGUAAUUAUAGUUAGUAUUGUACUUGAACAUCAUGAAUGUAAAUAAUAAUACUAAGAUAUCGAAAUGCCAUAUUAAUAUUAUUUAUAAAUGCGUAAUGUUGAACGAUAUUGACAAUAAUUUUGGCGUAAUAUAACAUAGAGUAUGAAUAUAAUUAAACCAUUAUAUUAAAUGUUUCUAAUAAAUAUAUUUGUACAAAAA